CCAAAAACACCGCCAGCAAUCAACCCUUAAAUUGAUCGGGUUAACUAAUUUUUUUUAGGUAUAUAAAGGAUUCCACUAAACCAAACAAAUACAUAUCUACAUACAUAUAGCUAGGAGUUGCCAAUAAGAAAAUGGCCAAGUUUAAUAUGUUGUUCAUCCUCCUUGGUGCAAUGCUCAUCCUAUCAUCAACAGAUGUUAUACUAGCCCAAGACAACAAGAGCCCUUGUUGUAAAGAGAAUCACAUUGGAUCGUGUGUUCCCGGCACCAGCGAUGACAGCAAAUGUAAAAACUUCUGCAUUGGAAACCAAUGUGACGGAGGCAUAUGCAAGGUCAUCGGCAAUAAACCUCCCAACCAUUUUUGCCAUUGCUCAUGCUAGCUAGAAGAUAAGGAUGCAUGGCGAAUAUAAUAAUAUACUUACCAUACAAUAUAUAUUAUUAUUCUCUUUGUCCUUAUUAUUUAUGUCCCUUUUUACCUUUUCUUUUGUAUGUCGAAAUCUUCUAUUUUUGUUUCGCAUCAUAUUUCUGCAUAUGCCAAUGGUUCUCGUUAUAUCGUUUCAAACAAAUAAAGCGCGCAUAUGUAAUACCAUUUCCGUCAUUGAGUAUUUGUCUAAUUUUAAUUUCUUAUAAUCAGCAUUUUUUGAUAUUUGACUUAUAAUUAAAUAAAAUAUGCAUCAUAUACUGAUUAGAUAGAAUAACAUUUUGAAAAUAUC